AUGGGCAAGGUCAUAAGAGCAGUAAACAGGACAAAGAAGGGCUAUGUAGGCGCCCCGCGCAGCGCCCGCUCGACGGAGGUGGUAAUUACGCUGCCUCCGCGCGAGUACAGGCGCCUCAGACGCAGCCUCGGGAUGACCCGCCCCCCGCCCGAGUUCGCCGAGAAGGGGCGCAUUAUAAGACACAAUAAGCCCUCCCCGGCGCGCAAACGGGCCAGGAUAGCCGCCCUAGAGGCCCUGAGGGCGGCCAGGGAGGAGGAGCUCGCCCGCAAGCGCUUCCCGGAGGACAAGGAGUACAUACUGAGGAUCCUCCGCAAGUGGCUGGGCGAGGCGGCGGCGCACGAGAACGCCCAGAUCGUGGACUCCCGCGCCGUCUGCGGGCCGAGGGCCGUCCGCCGCAAGACCGCCGUCCGCCUCCUCCCUCUGGUGCGCCAGUGGCUGCUGGAGCCCCUCAAGGACCUCGUGGCGAGGCUUGAGGCGGCCGAGAAGUAA